UAGUGUUUUCAUCGAAUAUAACAUUUAUUGUCUCUACGUAGAUUCUACUCUUUUUUUCUAUUCACAGAGUUAAGAUAUGAUAUCUGAAAAUAAAAUGUUUCGUUGAGUCAUCAAGCAAGGGGCGUAAUGGAAACUUUUAUUUCAGGUGACAUACAUAUUUUACACAGGUAAAUAAUAAAGAACUACUUUCGGUUUAGUAUACUUAUUUACGCUGUUAAGGUAAUGGGUAACAAACCCAUAAAACAGCGAUGGACAGAAACCAAAAAGAGACUAAAUACCACGCGUCCUCGAUCUACACAAUCCACCAAUUACGAAAACACACCUGUAAAUCCAAAACCAGGUGACGAGGGGGAAUAUACCACGUUGGCACCUGGGGGUACCUACGAAGAAAUUCGAAACUUGAGGGUCAGGCACGAGUUAUUCGUAGUGGCUUUAGAUAUCGGCACCUCGUCUUCGGGCUACGCGAUUUCGGUUUACGACGAAUACAAACGAGACCCUCUACAAAUCAGUACCUUCAGUUGGAGAUCCAGGACGGAUGGCUUCCAGCACUUCAAGACUUUGUCUGCUGUUCUGUUGAAUCCGGACGGAGAGCUUCACAGUAUUGGUUACGAUGCUGAGUAUCAUUAUAUCAAUUUCUUGUCAGAGGACGAACGCCAGGAAUGGUUCUACUUCCAACACUUCAAAAUGAGGCUGUAUGAUCAGAAGAUUUCUAGAGAUCUUGUUCUACACGAUGUGAAAGGAAAGCCGCAAAAAGCGUUGAAGAUAUUUUCUUCCAUCAUCAAAGGCUUAAAGGACGAUUUUACAACAAGAUUGAAGGAAAGAAUAAGUAAUUUUGGAGGAGACUCUAUUGACGAAGACAUCCAUUGGGUGAUCACUGUUCCUGCAAUAUGGGACGAAAAAGCCAAACAAUUUAUGAGAGUUGCAGCACAAAAGGCUGGAAUUUUAAACGAUAAGCUGUCAAUUGCAUUGGAACCGGAAGCAGCAGCUCUCUAUUGCCGUUACCUUCCGGUUGAGAGACUCACCAGACCGGAAGACUUGGACGGAAAAUCCAAACUAAAGACAUUCUCCCCCGGUGCAAAGUAUCUUAUUGUUGAUCUAGGAGGUGGAACGGUGGACAUUACAGCACACGAGAUUUUACCUAACGGGGCUCUACAGGAAGUCAUGGCGGCCUCUGGUGGCAACUGGGGUUCCUUGGCAAUCAAUGAAGAAUUCGUGAAGUAUUUAGAGAAUCUGACUGUACCCGGAAUUACGGAGAUCAUUAGGCGAGAGCAUCCCGAUGAUUUACUCUCGUUCAUGUCUGCUUUUGAGAACAAGAAAAGAGUUUUCUCAAAAGAAGAUGAACGGGUAAUUCUUCAGGUUCCUCAAUCCUUUCGCGAUAUAAUGAGUGAAAAACUUGGCAAGUCGCCAGAAAGUCAUGUAGAAGAAAUUAAUAAAACACAGGAAGUGAAAUUUCAGCGGGAUAAAAUGUAUAUUUACAACGAAGCUUUCACCAAUUUACUGAAAGGAACAAUUGAGAAAAUUAUUUUACAUGUACUUGCAAUAUUAGAAUCACAUCAUCUUCAUGUGGAAAGUAUAGUUCUAGUUGGUGGGUUUGCAGAAAGCGAUCUUUUGAAAUCGACGUUCAGAACGUCAUUUCCGGAUACUAGAAUAAUAGUACCGGAAGACCCUGUUCUUGCAGUGCUUAAAGGUGCCGUUUUAUUCGGAAGAAAUCCUCAAGUUCUGCAGGCGCGUGUCUGCCGUUACACAUACGGUGUUUGCACAACAGUUGAUUUUGACGAAACACGUUUUCCUCCAGACAAAAAGAUUGUUUUGGGUGGUAACGCGCUUGCAAAAGACAUUUUUAACAUUCAUAUUCGAGCGAAUGAGACUGUUCACGUUGGACAGCGGGGUACUCCGAAGAGGUACUUCUUAAACAGAGCCGACCAAGAACAAUUAGAUCUUGAAAUUUUUGCCACGAAGAAUAGCAAUCCUAAGUAUGUUACUGAGGAAGGGGUUGUUUCUUUGGGUUUGCUAGUCAUCAUGGUUCCAAAGGCUCAAACACAGUGCAACGACAAAAGACAUUUUCUCGUGAGUUUCCUACUGGAUGGAACGGAAAUGGAGGUUGAAGCCGUUGAUUCUGUGACAAAUGAAACAACUGGGGUUAAGUUUGAUUUCAUUGGUUGAAAAUUGUUACCUGCCAGGGUAUUAUAUUUUAUCUGUCCAAUGUCCAUGAAUGUCACAUAAUACUCCUGUUUUUUUGCUUGUACAAAUAAAGUGCCAUAUUUAUAGCUUGAUAUUUU